AUGCCCUCUCCCGCCGCCAACGCUCUCCCCCGCCUCCCUAACGAGCUAUUUGACAGGAUCAUAACAUUCGUUAUCGCAGACAGCGUGCACUCCGUAUGCGUCUCUCCAGGGGACACGACAUGGGACAUGGACGUCCUACCCACACUCCAUCAAGUCUCUCCCUUAUUCCGCGCGAUCUCCACGGAGGUGGUCCGAAAAGCGUUUGACAUGCCACGCGUUAAGCAAACGGCUGAUCCAGGCGAGCCUGAUGCAGUGGACGAACAUUCAUCUUUACAUAUAGUUCUCCAAGCCCUCCGAAGAGCGUUUGAUAUGCCAUGCGUGAAGCAAACAGUUGAUCCAGGCGAGGAUGCGGUAGACGACCAUUCAUCAGUCCUGAAAACCCUCCCCCAAAUCCUCACAUACCUCCACUCCAUCAGCACGCGACUCCGGCACCCAACCGAGUGGGGCCAAGUGACGUUCCAGAAUAUCACCUGUCCCACAGGGCCCUUGGUGCUCGCGUAUGUGCUGUAUCUGAGCUGCUCGUCGAUAAGGAGGAACUCGGUACAGGGGAGCGUGCAAAUGUUCAAGAGCUCGCAUGCGGCGAUAUUUGCGGCUUUGCAGCAGAGUAUGACUUUGUGUGAAUCGGUGGUGCCCGCGCUGGUUACGGGGCUUUUGGAGGACAGUAUUUGGAUUGAGGCUGGGUUGGCUAGAUAUGUGCAAGGCCUUGAGAUUGUCAGAUAUUUUUGUGAAUUGGAGGAACAUGCUGAUGCGAUUGUCGCGCACAGAGCUGGAACUGAUGAGGAUGCAACAUCAUAUAAGAUCGCAUUAAUUUCGUUCGACAUCGUGCUCGGGAGGAUCGAAUCAGCAGUCAUCGAAUAUCGAUGUACGAGCAUGGUUGGAAACUACGAGUCGAGACCGUUUGAGUUGCCUGGGGUUCUGCCGAUGCUCAGGAGAUUACAUGGGCUGAAUUUAGUAGAAGGCGGGUUUAAGUUGGCACAGAGAAUACAAGCUUUAGUUGAUGAGUGGUCUUAUGCCUGUCCUUUCCUUCAUCCGAAAAACCCAAUAGAUUGAUUAUUGGUG